CUGAAGUGCUAAUUUGAUGGUUUAACCUUUGUUAAAAAAAAGCGGCACCUGAUAACAUCAUAAAACCGCGAUCAAAAAACUUAGAAAAAAUCGUGACUCACGCACAUGCCACGCAACUUUACAAUCGCUCAUCGCUAGCUGCUGCCCCCGAAAGAAAGAAAUAAAAUGCAGACUUUUACGAUCUAAACUGCGCGCGGGCACGUAACCGAAACGUUUUAAAGUAUUAUACUGCAACUAAGUAAGGAUUAAAAGUGGCCCUUGUGAGAUAGUAACCUGUGGCCGUCGUUUUCUUCGAUUUUCCGGCUGUUCCGCCUGCCCCUGCUGCAUGUCCAUUUUUGGUGAAAGAUUUUUCGCCAAGAAUUUUUCAGCGCGCAAUGAGAGAUGAGAUUUAACUGGCUGAGCGAGUACGUGGCCAGCAUCGUUAGCACCGAGUCCGCCACCUCGUCUUGGAGGCAAUUGCAGGAGCAGCUGCUCGACCCGCAGGCCAUCUACUGCCGUAUCAAGUCGACAUCCGCCGAAGCGCUGGAGCACAUAGUUAUCGCAUGUGUGGUAUACUUGCUAGUAUGCCUGGGCCUCUACAAGCUCACCUUUUGGCUCUCCCGCCACAGCAAUGCCACAGAAUCACAGGCGGGAGGCCUCAAAAAGGCUCUGCAGUCCGGCCUGAGCCUGCGUAGCAUCCGGCUGCCCCAAGCGGCGCACAUGGAGCGCGUCCUCCUGGUCACCGCCCACCCGGAUGAUGAGUGCAUGUUCUUCGGUCCGCUCAUCUACUCGCUGACGCAGCGCCAAGGCUGUCAGGUGUACAUACUCUGUCUGUCCAACGGCAACUUCGAACAGCAAGGCAAGGUGAGACGACAGGAACUGUGGCGUUCCUGCUCAAAACUGGGCAUUCCCGAGUCGAACAUUGUGCUGAUGAACGCCACCAACCUGCCGGAUGAUCCCAAUGUGGACUGGCGACCGGAUGCGGUAGCCGGCCUUAUACUCCACGCCGUCGAGAGCCUCAGCAUCCAGGCGAUAUUCACGUUCGAUCGCGAUGGCGUCAGCUCGCAUCCGAACCAUUGCGCUGUGUACUACGCGGCUGCCUCGCUGUGCUUGGCCAACCUUUUACCCAAAGAUUGCAAGUUCUACACCUUGGACUCGAUCAAUCUGGUCAGAAAAUAUCUAUCCAUCUUCGACCUGCUGUGCACGUGCUUUAUGUCGACGCAUUGGUGCAUUCUGAGUUGGAAGGAGGCAGGAAUCGUGAGGAGUGCUAUGAUGGAACAUCAGUCGCAGAUGAAGUGGUUUCGUUGGCUGUACAUCUACACGUCUCGCUACAUGUUCAUCAACUCGAUGCGUCAGAUAAAUCUCUCGGAUGUGGAACUGGAAAUGCAGAUUCAUGACAAUUAGGAAACGAAAAAAAAGUAACAAAUAAGAAAAGAAAAACUUUGAGAGGGAAACAACACCAAAAGACAAACUACCUUCAUAAACAGAUGCUCUAACGGCAGAGCGUGUUGUUUUUUUUUUUUUUAGACUCUGACGAUUCUACUAGUAUAUAUCAUAUAUAUGUGACUAUUGUUGGCCAAACACGCGAUAGUAAUUGGUAGGCAAUACAUCCGAAACAAACCAGGGAACAAAAGAACCAGAAAAAGUAAAAGCAACAGCAGCACCACAAAACAGUCCAUAAAUUAGUUUCGCACUCACACACAAACGAAAUGGCAAUUCUUUAAAUCUGCCUAUUCAUUAGUUAGCUCUAAUUAUUAUUUAUACUCAAUCCAAGCAAUGUUCCAAAGUGUGCGGUGUAGUCAAAUGCUUUAAAUUAAAUUAUUAAACGAAUGCAUGCAUUAUUAUAAUUGUUAGCUUAUGUUUUUAAUUUUGUUUGUUUGUGUACAUUUAUUCCACGUCCUUAGCAUACAACACACUCCUUUAGUGAGCUUUCUUCAACACAUCCGUUCCUGUAAAAUUGUAAAAUAGUUUGUUGUAAGCAGCGAAGUACAAUAAUUUUUAUAAAUAUAUUUACAUAAAUAUAUGAUUGUAUGUAUACAUAUAAAUCUACUACUUAUGAGCCAGAGAGAAUUCAUAAAUUAUAGGAAGCUGUUAUUUGUUCGUAUCAUUUAAAAGAGCGCACUUUCAAAUGAAUUGUUUUUGGGUCACGCCGAUCAUAGUAAAAUGCGAAGCGAUUUUUGUUGCAAUAUUAAA